GGAUACUUGUAACUAGGCAGGAAUUAAGCUUAAUUGAGAUGUCUGCAGCUUAGCUCCUGGUGUCUUAAGUCUACCAGUUUCAUUCUUCAUGACCCCUUAGUUUGCCUUUUAGACCACUGAAAUAAAGCAGGUCGUGGAAAUCCAAAUGUGAGUAUGUCUCUGCUCUGCAUUUCAUGGAUUUAAAAUCUAUUCAGGAAAGCAGAUAAGCAUAAUUCCUGGAUAAUUAAGAAAAAGACAGCAAAAUGAAUUGGGUGCUGGUUAUCUCUGAUGGAAAUUUAUGAAGGAAACUAUGCUUCUAUGGUCCCUCAGCUUCACAGAAAAAAAAAAGCAGUUUUCCUGGUGCAGAGUCACAGCAGGAUACCCAUAUUGGGAAAAAGAUACAAGUCCAAAUCUGACAUUCCCAUGAAUGCAGAUCAAUUCUGGCACUUGGUAGGUGCUCAAAUUUUUCAAAAUUGAUUUUGUGUCUUUUUCACUCUGGCCAAUGCACUGCCAGAACUCAAAUCCUACCAUCUGCCUUUCAAUGUCAGCCCCAUUUUUAAAAUUCUGACCUAUAAAAAAGAAAAAAAAAACCUCACCAAAGCAAAAGAGAGGAAGUGCUAAGCAAAUACAGGAACCAAAGAGGACUAUAGAGGCUGCUUCACACUGUCUCAUUUAGUUCUUUUGCGGUCCUCAUCCUCAGCACAUGCCAAAGCUGUUCCUUACAACCUGUGGGGCCAGAGCAUCUUGGGUGUGUGACAAUGGAAGAGUUGGAUGCCUUGUUGGAGGAACUGGAACACUCCACCCUCCAGGACAGUGAUGAACACUCCAGCUCAGCUCCUCUUCCCCUGGAUCAACAUGCCAGGAAGGAGAGUGGCCUUGCUGAUACUUCGAAGGGCCUUUCUCUUCAAGAUGACACAAGUCCCUUGCCGAUGCAGCUCGUGUAUACAGCCAACAUCCAGAAGCCCAAUGUCAACAGUGAGGUCCAGGAGCCAAAGGAAUCACCACCGCCUCCUAAAACCUCCGCAGCUGCUCAGUUGGAUGAGCUCAUGGCCGACCUGUGUGAAAUGCAGACCAAGGUUGCAGUGAAGGCAGAUUCCAGCAAGAAACACUUUCCAGUCAAGCAGGAUCACAAGGCUUCCCUGGACUCGAUGCUGGGAGGGUUGGAGCAGGAUUUGCAGGACCUUGGCAUUGCCACCGUGCCCAAGGGCCAUUGUGCUUCUUGUCGGAAGCCAAUUGCUGGAAAGGUGAUCCACGCCCUAGGGCAAGCGUGGCACCCAGAGCACUUCAUCUGCACACACUGCAAAGAAGAGAUUGGCCCCAGUCCCUUCUUUGAGCGGAGUGGCUUGGCCUACUGCCCCAAGGACUACCACCAGCUUUUCUCCCCGCGCUGCGCUUACUGUGCUGCGCCCAUUCUGGAUAAAGUGCUGACGGCAAUGAACCAAACCUGGCACCCAGAGCAUUUCUUCUGCUCUCACUGUGGAGAGGUGUUUGGCGCAGAAGGCUUCCAUGAGAAGGACAAGAAGCCAUAUUGCCGAAAGGAUUUCUUAGCCAUGUUCUCACCCAAGUGUGGGGGCUGCAACCGCCCAGUGUUGGAAAACUACCUUACAGCCAUGGACACUGUCUGGCACCCAGAAUGCUUUGUUUGUGGGGACUGCUUCAGCAGCUUUCCUACUGGCUCCUUCUUUGAACUGGAUGGACGUCCAUUCUGUGAGCUCCAUUACCACUGCCGCCGAGGAACCCUCUGCCAUGGCUGUGGGCAGCCCAUUAUUGGCCGCUGCAUCAGUGCCAUGGGCCACAAGUUCCAUCCUGAGCACUUUGUGUGUGCUUUCUGCCUGACGCAGUUGUCAAAGGGCGUCUUCAGGGAGCAGAAUGACAAGACCUAUUGUCAGUCCUGCUUCAGUAAGCUCUUCCCACUGUAAUCUCAGCUGAGCCCGCAGUCUGUGCAGAGCCCCUGUACAACUUGAGAAGAAAGGAUGUAUUUGUUGUUCCUGACCUUCUGCUCAGUAGGCUUAUAGAGAAAGUAACGGUGAUGAACAAAUAAGGAAACUUCUAGAUGUUACAUGACUAAGCUUGUAGACUUAAGCUUUACAUUUCUUAUUUUAGGUCUUAUUUUCUUUUUAAAUCAGGUACUUGGAUUUAGACCUGGAUUUUGCUCUGUAGUGCCUCUGCAGAUGUAUGUUCCACAGGCACACAUCUCGUUUCCUCAGAUUUCUCCCUUUUCACCCCUAUGAUGACUCAGCUCACAUCUUCCCUCCUUUGGCCCUCAUACCUGGGCCUUUUCAAGCUUUCCACACUUCCCUGUGACUCCCUUUCCCAUAAUCACUGCUAUAGACUUUCUCUCUGCUGUCGGGAAUCAUGAUGCCACGCUUAAGUUAUUUGUAUCUCCUUUCAGUGUAUUUCUCUUUUUCAAGAGAAAGUAGAUUUUAACUGGACAACUUUGAGUACUGACAUCAUUGAUAAAUAAAAUGGCUUUCAGUUUUAAUGGC